CCUCGUUCUCUGUUGUGCUACCACAUCCCCUCCCCCCCCUCCUUCUACUCUUCUCCGUUCUUCACCCUAUUUUCUUCUGAUGACUACUCCCCCCUCUUUUUUCUCCCCUUCUACUCCGCACAUCCAAUUUAUUUCUUCAUCUUCACGCUCGUCCGUGUCCUGCUUGGCGUCUGACCUCCUUCAGACCAUUUCCGUCCUUACGUGCCGGCCGCCUCAGUCGCCGUCUUCCGAACUCCCAUCUUCCCCGCUUCAUUGUGGCCGGAGCAGUGCUCUCUCCGGUCCUUCCUUCGCCAGCAUGGCUGAGAGUGCUUUCCCCAGCGCCCACCAACCUCUCCGGGUUGGCACAAAAGACGACAAACCCGCAACCUUUCAGAAGAUCUCCGAGGAUGAAGAAUACGAGGUGACGUCACCAACCGACCCGACUUUUCGGACGGCCAACGCCGCCGCUGCAUCCUCCUCGACCGGCAAUCCAUUCUUCGGGGGUGGUGGAUACGGUGAAUCCGGCGGGGCCAUUCGCUUCAACAGGAGUCCUUUCGACGAUGGGUCUAGGGAGGAAGACGAAGGUGCUGACGAGUUCCCUCCGGAAGACAUCCGCCCCACGGGAGCUGCGAACCAGGGUUUCCCCAACAACUACGCGCUGGGACGUCGUACAUCGGUGUCUGCAGAGUCCCUGAAUCCUACCUCAGCCGGCUCAGAUAGCUGGAGCCCCCCAUUCCAUGAAAAAUCAGAGGAGCAGCUGUCCCGGCUAAAGACCGCGGUCAGCAGCAACUUCCUUUUCUCGCAUCUGGAUGAUGACCAGUUCAAGACCGUGCUUGAUGCCCUGGUCGAGAAGCCAAUUCCCGCCAAGGGGAUUAAGGUGAUUAGCCAGGGCGACGCGGGUGACUACUUUUACAUUGUCGAGAAUGGCAACUUUGACAUCCUGAUUCACCCUUCGGGCUCGGUGCAACCUGGUCCGGAGGGCAUGGGCAACAAGGUUAGCACUAUUGGACCCGGAGGCUCAUUCGGAGAGCUGGCUCUCAUGUACAAUGCGCCUCGCGCGGCGACCGUGGUGUCUAUCGACCCGAAGAGUACCCUCUGGGCCUUGGACCGCAUCACCUUCCGACGGAUCCUCAUGGACUCGGCCUUCCAGCGUCGUCGCAUGUAUGAGGCUUUCCUGGAGGAGGUGCCACUACUGUCUAGCCUGAAGCCGUAUGAGCGUGCGAAGAUUGCAGAUGCACUGGAUGCCAUUAAAUACCCCGCUGGCUCCACGAUCAUCACCGAGGGUGACCCAGGCGAUGCAUUCUACCUUCUCGAGUCAGGCGAAGCAGAUGCAUACAAGAAUGGUGUAGAGGGCGCUGUGAAAUCCUACCGACGAGGCGACUAUUUCGGUGAGCUCGCCCUGUUGGAUGACAAGCCGCGGGCUGCGAGCGUCGUUGCCACAACGGAGGUCAAGGUCGCGAAAUUGGGCCGGGACGGCUUCAAGCGGUUACUGGGUCCUGUGGAAGAAAUCAUGCGACGAGCCGAGUAUGAACAGAAACCCACGCCUUCUUGAGAGGCGUAUUUGGACAUGAAUGCGCAGAACCUGCGAUAUGGGAACCUGGCGAAGAGGAGUGAGUUUGGCGUGGUUUGAUGUGGUGACUAUUUCUCUUUCUUGUCAUUUGUUCACCCUUUCUGUGUACUUGGUUGGACGGCCAGCCAAGGGAGCAUGUUUGUCUCGAGAUCUACGACAGAUGGGUUGAAAAGCUCCCCGUUUAUCGGCGAAACAUUGGUCGUGCUCUAUUAUCGGCAUCGCGGGGUGUGUCUGGACUGUUUAUACACGUGUCUUUCCCUGUCGAUUUGCGCUGGAAACAGCCACAUGGCGCUGUUCACAUCAUUCGUUUAUCGAAUGCUUGUCUCUCUGAUAAACCACCUGGAUUGUUCCUGCCUUUCCAUUUAUAUGUUUAUAAUAGCUCGCUGGCUACGAAGGAUACAUAUGGUUUGAGAUGCA